ACAGCGCACCCACCGCUUCGCUGACAUGGCUGAGAUAGGGAAAGGGGUCACCGCCGGGAAACUGGCCAGCAACGUCCAGAAAAAGUUCACCCGGGCGCAAGAGAAGGUCUUGCAGAAGCUUGGGAAAGCGGACGAGACGCGGGACACGGCCUUCGAGGAAACGGUGGUGAACUUCAACAAGCAGAUGGCAGAAGGCAUUAAAUUGCAGAAAGACUUGAAAGCCUACCUAGUGGCAGUUAAAACCAUGCACGAUGCGUCUCGGCGGCUGCAGGACUGUCUGGCGGAUAUGUACGAGCCAGAGUGGUUUGGCAAGGAGGAGGUGGAUGCCCUGGCAGAGGACACAGACAUGCUUUGGACAGACUACAGUCAAAAGAUCUCAGAAAAUUCUUUGACUUCCAUGGACUCGUACCUGGCCCAGUUUCCUGAAAUCAAGGCCCGCAUAGCAAAGCGAGACAGGAAGAUGGUGGACUUUGACAGCGCCAGGCAUCACUUCGCUGCCCUGCAGAAGGGCAAGAAGAAGGAUGAGGCCAAGAUUGCCAAAGCAGAGGAGGAGCUGGGCAGGGCUCAGAAGGUUUUUGAGGAGCUGAACGUGGAGCUGCAGGAUGAGCUCCCAGUGUUGUGGGACAGUCGUGUUGGCUUGUAUGUUAACACAUUCCAAAACAUGGCAAGAUACCAGGAGAAGUUCCACAGAGAGAUGGGCAAGCUCACUCAGAACCUAAACGACGUCAUGACCAAACUGGACGAGCAGCGACUGGCCAAAAAGGGAGGUAAAGCAGCAGGCGCGACAGGAGACCCUGAGAAGAGUGAGGGAGCCAAUCACAGUGCAGCUGCUGACUCGUCACCAAAGAAAGCGGUGACCAAUAGCUCUGAAGGAGAACUGCCCCCAGGAUUCAUCUACAAGGUAAAAGCAAUGCACGACUAUGUCGCCACCGAUGGGGAUGAACUGGAGCUGAAGUCUGGAGACAUGGUGCUUGUUUUGGCCUUCGACAACCCCGAUGAACAGGACGAUGGCUGGCUCAUGGGAAUAAAGGAGUCAACCUGGCUGCAGAACAGAAACAUCUCAGUGAAAGGCGUCUUCCCCGAGAACUUUACCCAGAAGGUUUGAGCUGAAUGCAGCGUUAAAGAAAAUGCGUACUUCCUCUCUCCGCUCGAAACCCUGGAAACAUGAAGGCCGUCGUCAUUGAUUCGUUUUGUAUGUGUGGUUUAUGGUGUUCUUGCCCUGUGGAGUCGGGCAAGAACACCGUGCCAGCUAAGUAGAUCCUGUCAA